AUGGCGGUGAAGAGUAGGAAAUCGAGAAAGCAGACGACGAGCUUGGAAUCCAAAAAAGACCCCUCAUCUGUCAAGUCCAAGGCCUCAACAACGAGAUCAAAUUAUGAGAAGAAUGGAAGCCAUCCUGUGCAUCUGAAAUCCUUGCCGAAGGGUGUAAUAUUUGGUGCCUUGGUCAUGGCUUCAAUUUUUGGAAUCCUUCAUAGUGCACACAUAUCUAGCAUGUUUGAGAAUGACCGCUUCUUUUCACACUUGUCAGACCUGGAACGUGAGAUGACAUUCAGAACUGAAAUGGGUUUGUAUUACUCUUACUACAAGUCCAUGGUGAAUGCGCCUUCCUUCCUGUCUGGACUGCAAGAAGUCAUGAACGAUAACAUCACCGAGUACCCUAGCACCAUCAAUGUGCUGAAGAGGUUCAACUUGUACCCUGAGGUUGCCCUUGCAGCAGGCUACAGGCUGUACGAUGGAAUCACAAAGAAACUUGGCAUCGUGACCAGACAGUGCUACACCGUCAACAGGGGCAGGGGCCUCAGCUCAGUCCUCAACUGCGAAGGCAUGGGUGACAUUGCAGUCUUCUAUGUGAAUGCCAUCUUUGUUGAGAAUGGUCUAUUGAUGAGCACCAUGUUCCUGCUAGCCUCCUAUCUGUCAGGCAGCCUACUGGGAGGCAUUCUGACAGUCGCUGCUUUCUUCUAUAAUCACGGCGAGUGUACAAGAGUUCAAUGGACGCCCCCAUUGCGAGAGAGUGUUGCCUAUCCAGUAUUUGUACUUCAGAUGUUUCUUGUUACUCACACACUGAGACUGAGGCAACCAGGCUGGAUGCACAGCCUACUCAUCGCUGCUGCUACCGCAAGCUUCAUGUUACCAUGGCAAUUUGCUCAGUUUGCUCUCAUGACGCAGACUCUUGCUGUAUGUGCCUCCUACAUUUUGGGUUUCACGAGCCGCAGCAAACUCAGAUGUGUGCUUCAAGGACAAAGUCUGGGACUAGUAGCAAGCUAUGUUCUCCUCUUUGGCAAUGAGAUGCUGCUGACAUCGUUUUUUGCCUCCUGUCUGAUCGCUGUAUGGGUAAUGCUGUUGGUAGCCCCAUUGUGGAAACACAAGUCUCCCCAUGCCGUUGUCACUAUAGGUGUGGAAGGGACAGGACUUCUAGUUUUAAUACUCGGCUGUAAGCUUCUGUUGUCUCGCUUACUCAGCAUUCAAGAUGAUGCGCACAUUGGGAAUCUCUUCCGCUCCAAGUUCUCCGACUACAAAGAUUUCCACACCAUGUUAUACACCUGUGCAGCUGAGUUUGACUUCAUGGAGAGCCAGACUCCUGUGAGAUAUCUCAAGACACUUCUGCUGCCUACCGCCAUUUUUGCCUUUGUAGGAACUGUGGCAUACCUUGUUAGGCUUGAGAUCACCAGACAGAAUGAGCAGUCUCGCUCGGCUGCAGGCAAUGGGAAAGUAGGCAGCACAGAAGAAGAGAACACAUCCGCUAGUGAAAUUGAAGACAAGCCCAAUGCCGAGCUUGUGUACCACUUGUUCCAGUUGAUGGCUUUCACUGUCAUGGCCGUCAUCAUCAUGAGACUCAAGCUGUUCCUUACUCCGCACCUGUGCCUCAUCUCCAGCCUCCUAGCAUCAAGACAGGUGUUUGGUUGGCUUGAUGACAGGACAAGACACGCUAUUGUCUUGGCCUUGCUCUUAUCACUGAUGUCCGUAGCCGGGGUGAGCAAUUUGCAGCAUCAGUGGAGCAUCCGGGGCGACUUCAGCAACUCGCCCCAAGAAGAGAUGCUUGAAUGGGUCAACGCAAACACACAGCCAAAUGCGGUGUUUGCCGGUCCCAUGCCCACCAUGGCGUCCAUCAAGUUGUCCACGCUCAGACCGAUUGUGAAUCAUCCGCACUAUGAAGAUGCUGGCUUACGAGCUCGAACCAAGAUUGUCUAUGGCAUGUACAGCAGGAAGCCAGCGCAGGAAGUGUACGACGGCAUCAAAAGCCUGAAAGCAAACUUUGUCAUACUGGAGCACUCCUGGUGUGUGCGUAGAUCAGGACCAGGGUGCAGCCUGCCUGAAAUCUGGGACCUUGAAGACCGAGAGAAUGUAGGCAAGGAACCAGUCUGCCUGAAGCUCCGUCGAAACCCCGCCCCCUACUUCAGGGAGGUUUUCAACAAUGAUGUCUACACCAUUCUCAAGCUCUGAUCCUCGUUGUUGUUUUUUAAGAAAGACUUGUAAAUACUUGUUUUCUUGCCGUUUGUUGAAAAGUUACAGUAUGUAUAUCUUCGACAUUAAGACAUAUUCAUGAUGUUUGUAUUUUGAGUUUUACCGUGACAGAAGGGCAGGGUUUUGACUUGUACAAAUUUGUAUUGUAAAAAAUUUAGCCUUGGCAGGUCAUCCACUCCAAUUCUUAUUUGAGUUUUCAGGACUCAAUUUUGAGUCUUGAGUUUUGAAUUGGAGUAUGAGACCAAGUUCAUGUUGAGUCUUGAACCUGGAGUUAUUAUAGCAAAAGCCACAGAUUUAGAUUCGGAAUGUACACGAGUUAAUUUCCCAACGAACAAGCUCGAUCGAAAAUAUCUCGAUAGCUGUAUGCGGGCCAACGAAGUCAUGUUCAUGCAUGACUCACGUGAUUGUGCCAUGUAAUUUCUGGAAGGCGUAGUGUUUUGAGUAAAUAAAAUCAGGUUUUUGAACCCAGUUUGGUCAUGUGACAUGUUGGGGCUGGGCUACUGAUAAUUUUGACAAAGUUUGGUUGAAAUCGAUCAAAAUAUGUAGGAGCAAUAGACAAUGUCAACGUUUGAUACUAAUGAACGGAGAGACAUGAUGAUUUGUUGAGCAGCUAGAAAUAAUAUGAAUACUUUUGCUGGUCCAAAGGGGCAGCCUAGCGCCCUCUACAUACCUCACUGACUGAUUGUCACUUGUCAGCUGGGCAGUGCUAUUGUAUAGGAUUACCGUCUGACACCAAGGGUGUACUCGAAAACCCACUCUCAAGUGUUCCCUGUGCAUGUUUAAACACAUUCCUUACUUUAAAACAAGAGGUAUAUAUAUAUAUAUAUUGUUUUGCUUUGGCUAAAUGUUUGCUUGUUAACAGUACAUUUAUUUAAAAUGACAUUUAUCUUUGUUUUAAGGCCAGUAAAUAUUACUGCUUUUAUGUAUGGUUUUUAACCGUAAGGUUUUAUCAAAACCGAUGGAAAAUUUGCAGGGUAUGGUGUAUGUGUGUUACAGUGGGAAGCCAUAUAAAUAUGGUGUUCGAUUGCAAAGUGCCAUUCUAAUUGCUUUUAUUAUUUCUUUUUUUUAAUUUUAGUAGUAGAUUUGUUUGUUCUGUACUUAUUUUUUUCUGAAAUGAAAAUCCUAAACAUCAGAGGAAUUCGUAGAAAUGCUACAUACAGUCUAUGUAUACACGUGCAUAAUUUGAAAUAUUCUUUGCAGUAAUCCAUAGUAUCCAAAAAGUGCCUUGUUUUGUUUUUUGUUUUUUUUUCCUUAUUUCUUUUGCAUUUUUUUAAAAUCAAUUUUAUUUAUAUAUGUAAAUGUAUUUAUUUUUAUUAUUUUUUAUUUGGGGAAGCUAUUUGCAAUAUUGCUGUACAGUCAGAAAGCUCUAUUCAUUUUUUCUGUUGAAUUGGUGGAAAAUAUACAUAUAAAAUUUUGUUUCCAAUUGGACCGUCAUUUUGUAAUACCUUUUUUGCCCGUUUUAUAAAUUGAUGAAUUUAUUGCCUAAUAAAUAUCGUUUGUUUAUGAUCUGA